AUGCCACCAAGAUUACGUAACAAAAAAACCGCUGUUUCUUGUGAAAAUUGUGGUGAUAAAUCUCACGCAUCAUAUGAUUGUCCUAUUCACGUCAUUGAUGAUAAAGUAGAACGUAGGGGUAAACAAAAACAAUCAAUUACCGGAAAUUCACAGGAUAAAACUAGCGACUUGGAUGAAGAUGAUAUGGAAAUUUCUACAAAACGCAAUGAUUCGCCUAGUAAUAAACGAGAUAUUCCAUCAAAGAAAAGACUUAAGAAAGGUCCAGCUAUUUCUUCAACCUCAAUUGAAUCGGGAUUCGUUCCUUCUUCAGUUUAUCAACCUCAACAAAUGAUUGCUGAACCAGAAGUGCAACAAGGGAAUAUAACCGCAGUUUCAAAUUCAUCAUCAUCGACACAUCCUCAAAUUUUUAAACGCGCUACAAUUGUGCCAUUCUCUCUUGAUUUGGACGCGUUUGAUCAGGAACUUUUUGAUGAACAAGAAUUAGAAAAUGAAUCAGAUCCCGUAGAUGAUGUGGGUGCUGUAGAAAAAUUAUACGGUGUUAUCAAAACCAAAAUUGUAGGUGUACGAUAUUAUGAUGGCGUUGUAAACAAAAACGAAUCAGUUUCUAUUACUCGUGAGCCACGUAAUCCGUAUGAUCGAAAUGCGCUACGCGUUGAUAAUACUCUUGGAGUUCAAGUUGGUCAUAUACCUCGAGAUGCAGCUUCAGCCCUUGCGCCAUUAAUUGAUAAUGGAAGUAUCCGAAUCGAAGGUACAAUUCUUGGAAAUAAAGGAGUUUACACCAUUGCUCUUCUUGUUCAUGUUUUUGGAAUUCAAGAACGGGAGGAUCUUACCACAAGAAUUUUAAAAGCGAAAGGAUUUAACGUUGAACCACUUCAACCUACGUCUCAAGCGAGAGGAAAGGGUCGAAAAGUUCCCGAGGAAAAUGAAGCAUGGCGUGAAUUAGUAAGACAAGGACAAACCCUUGACAAAAGGAGCACCAAAAAAAUUCUCCAAGAAGUCGGAAUAUCUAUUAUUGAUUUGGCAAGGCUUCCAGAGGCCCCACAACCAGAUGCUUUGAUCACACCCUUACUUUCAUAUCAAAGACAAGGACUUGGUUGGAUGUUAUCCAACGAGCAUCCCGCGGAUCCAACCGCUGAUGUAGCAACGCAAUUCUGGGUCGUUCGUAAACAAAAAGGGGAAGAGUAUUAUUAUAAUGUAGCUACCGGAUUUUCGACUAAAUCUUGUCCGAAUUUCGCUAGAGGCGGAAUCCUUGCUGAUGAUAUGGGUCUCGGAAAGACAUUGCAAACGAUUGCUUUAAUAGCUUCUAAUAAAGAUGGCAACGGAUUUAUUUCCAAUCCUGUCAAUUCGGAUCCAACUUAUUCCAAAACUACUCUGAUCGUCGUUACUUUAAGUAUACUUGGGAAUUGGGUUGACCAAAUUAAUAUGCACGUCAAGGAAGGAUCCCUAUCUUAUUACGUUUAUCAUGGUCCUAAUCGAGACGAUAAUCCUAAAAACCUUCAAAACUACGAUGUAGUGAUUACCACAUAUGCUAUACUUGGACA